GAACCGGCAUUUUCAGCGUUACCACUGCCGGCAACUGAGAGGAAGGAUCCCGCCUAGGAAGUCGAAAAUUUAAGAAAUUAGCCAGUUAAACGCUGCUGUAACGCAAGAAUAUAUAUAUAUAUCUAUUUUUUAAAUCCCAAGCUUUCUUUUUCUCGCAUCAUGCCUGGUUUUUCUGACAGAGACCGUGGGAGAGAUAGAGGUUUUGGCGGCGCGCCGCGGUUCGGGGGCAGCCGAGGCGGGGCCCCCCCGGGGAAGAAGUUCGGGAACCCCGGCGAGCGCCUGCGGAAGAAGCACUGGAACCUGGACGAGCUGCCCAAGUUCGAGAAGAACUUCUACAAGGAGCACGCCGACGUGACCCGCAGGACCGCGCAAGAAGUGGAGCAGUACAGGAGGAGCAAGGAAGUCACCGUGAAGUGCAGGGAUUGUCCAAACCCCAUAAUGAAGUUCCAUGAAGCAAGCUUCCCAUCCUAUGUAAUGGACGUGAUCACCAAACAGAAUUUUACCGAACCUACCCCCAUUCAAGCACAAGGCUGGCCGGUGGCGUUGAGUGGGAAGGAUAUGGUUGGGAUUGCACAGACUGGAUCUGGGAAAACGCUCUCGUAUUUGUUGCCAGCAAUUGUACACAUCAACCACCAACCAUUCCUUGAACAUGGAGAUGGUCCCAUUUGCCUGGUACUGGCUCCAACCAGAGAGCUGGCUCAGCAAGUCCAGCAGGUUGCUGCUGAAUACGGUAGAGCCUCCAGACUGAAGUCCACGUGCAUCUAUGGGGGCGCCCCUAAAGGACCUCAGAUCCGUGACUUGGAGAGAGGCGUCGAGAUCUGCAUUGCCACACCUGGAAGGCUCAUCGACUUCCUGGAAGUCGGAAAGACGAAUCUCCGCCGAUGCACUUACCUGGUACUUGACGAGGCCGACAGAAUGCUUGACAUGGGCUUUGAGCCGCAGAUCAGGAAGAUCGUAGAUCAGAUCAGGCCGGACAGGCAAACCCUGAUGUGGAGCGCUACCUGGCCGAAGGAGGUUCGGCAACUGGCGGAGGACUUUCUGAAGGAGUAUGUCCAGAUCAAUGUGGGGGCACUGCAGCUGAGUGCCAACCACAACAUCCUGCAGAUUGUGGAUGUGUGCAAUGAUGGGGAGAAGGAUGACAAACUUCUUCGUCUGUUGGAGGAAAUCAUGAGCGAGAAGGAGAACAAGACUAUCAUCUUCGUGGAGACCAAGAGGCGCUGUGAUGACCUCACAAGGAGGAUGAGGAGAGAUGGCUGGCCAGCAAUGGGUAUUCAUGGAGACAAAAGUCAGCAGGAACGAGACUGGGUUCUCAAUGAAUUCAAGUAUGGGAAAGCGCCGAUCCUCAUUGCAACAGAUGUCGCAUCCAGAGGUCUAGAUGUGGAAGAUGUGAAAUUUGUCAUCAAUUAUGACUACCCUAACUCUUCUGAAGACUAUAUCCACCGCAUUGGAAGAACAGCCCGCAGUAGCAAAACGGGCACAGCUUACACCUUCUUUACCCCCGGCAACAUUAAACAAGCGAACGACCUCAUCUCUGUACUCCGAGAGGCUAAUCAAGCCAUCAAUCCCAAGCUCAUCCAGAUGGUGGAAGACAGAGGAGGUCGUUCCAGAGGUAGAGGUGGCUUUAAAGAUGACCGUCGGGAUAGGUAUUCAGGAGGCAGGAGGGAUUUUGGUAGCUUUAGGGAUAGGGAUAACGAUGAUAGGGGAUUUGGCAGUGGACCAAAGAAAGUCUUUGGCACAAAGACACAGAACAGCGGCUAUGGGGGAGCCAACUUUGAGAACAGCAACACCUUUGGGAACCUUGGGAAUGGCUAUGGCACUAAUGGACAGUCGAGUUAUGGUGCUGGCAACCAGGCGGGUUCCUUUGGGAAUCAGAAUUUCCAGACUACACAGUUCGGAGCAGCCAAUCCAGGUGCCGCCCAGAAUGGCAUGAGUCAUCCACAGUUCCCUUUCAACCCCCAACAGCAGCAGCAGCCUCAGCCGCCACCACCCCCACAGCCCAUGGUGACCUACCCCAUGCCCCCAGCAUUUCCGCAGUAAAACUGCACUCGACACAUGUAGGAGUAAUUUAUUGAGUUCUUGUCCUGGUUGUACAUUCAAACAUUCUCGAUCUGCAAUUGUACUUUUUUAUUUUUUUUACAACAGGGUUGAAACUAACAUUCUAUGCCUCUUUAAACAAAACCAUAAGGAGUCUGCAGUGCAGCAGUAGUAAUGGUGCACUUUUUUUUUUGCUUUAUUUAAUUUUACAUUCCUCAGAUGUAACUUUAGUUUUUUUUUGUACUAGGUGAUGCAAACCUUUUUUGAUUUAUUGCUGUAAAUGUUUAAAGUGUUAUGUUCGAAUCUUAACUGAAGGCAGAGCAUGGCCUGUCCAAUAAACCAUCUAAAAACUUGUAUUUUU